AUGCUUUCGCGUAAACGACUAGCAGCAGGAACAAAUGCACACAAAGAACCACAACUUACGAGUUCGGGACGAACAGAAGCUGUCGCUUCAUUUGUUCAACAACGAAUUUGGCUUCAUGAACAACUUUAUUUUCAUUCUUCCGACGUAUCUGUUUACAAUAUUUUGCUACCAUUGAUAAUCAAACAAGGUUCAUUAUCAAUCGAACGUAUUCGUUCAGUUUUACUUACAGUAAUUGAACAGCAUACUGUUCUUCGUACUGCUGUUCGUUUUAAUUCGCAAAGUAAUCAAAUCGAACAGUAUAUUCAGGCUGCCACCGAUGAUAUUUAUUCAUUUAAACAUUCACGUGGUGUUUGCACAUGGGAGCAACUCGAUCAACUACUUACAAAUGAAUCGGUAGGAAAACACUUCGAUAUUGAAUCAGGAAGAGUAAUGAGAUGCCAUAUAAUUCAACGAAGUAAUGAUGAACAUGAUCAUCGAUUGUCUGAAGGUGAUCUUAUUACUAUUACAUUUCAUCACAUAUCAUUCGACAAUAGCUCACAUAAGCCAUUUAUGGAAGCUUUAAAAAAAGCUUUUUUGACUGAUCAUCAUCAACAACCAGUAUCAUCGAUUCCACAAUAUAUCGAUUUCACAUUAUAUGAACAGACUAUGUUAGCCGAUACAAGAAUGGAUUCAAAAAUGAAUAAGGCACGCCAGUUUUGGUCAAAUCUUAUGGAUGGUUAUGAUUGGAAUCGAACACGGCAGUUGGUAUCUGGCGAAACAGAUACCAAACAGAUUCGUUCAGGUCGGGGUUUUUCAACUACAUUUUCUGUCAAUCAACAUGUUGUUGAUGCGAUGAUGCUAUGUGCUUCCUCGAAUAAUUUCACUAUGUUUGCGCUGUCACUUGCUUGUUAUUAUGCAUUCUUAUUCAAGUUAAUAAAUGAUGACGACUUGUGUGUAGCAGGUAACAUAGCCAACCGAUUUAUACAAGAAACAAAAGAUAUGAUUGGCAUGUUCGUUAAUCUUGCGCCUUAUCGAAUGGAAAUUGAGCCGAAUGUGCCAUUCGAUCACUUGGUGCGAAAGGUACAACAGCUCAGUAGUAAUAUUAUUGAACAUGCUUGUUUACCUUAUCAGCAUAUUAUUAAUUCACAUGAUAAACGAGGGCAUCAAGUAUUACCUUCAACAUUAUUUCACUACGAAUCGUUGAUGUCAUCCAUGACACAGAAUAAUAAAUCAGAAGGAACUACAAACGAAGGUUCUGUUCUUGGCAUCUACUUUGAUCGAGAUCGAUCUCAUGGUAAUGGAAUAGCAUUGUUUGACUUAACCCUCACAAUAGCUCAUGAUCAUCAGUCCCGAAGCACGGAGUGUUUUGUCGAUUGUUCGGCAGAUAUAUUCAAAAAUCAAGCUGAUGUUGAUCUACUUGCAAAUCGUUUUCAGCAUAUGCUCACACAACUCUUCGGUUUCUCAAUGAAUGAUGAGUCAAUGCAUAAUCAAUUUAGUAUGCCUAUCAGUAAAUUAUCACUUAUUUUACCAGAAGAGGUUGAAGAAAUGCAACGAGUAAUUUUUCGUAAAUUAUCAAAUAUUGCAAAUGAAGUGAUCUACUCUUCAAAGGGUUAUUACGGAAGUUUCACUUUUACAGCACCAGCAUCCUAUGCACAAACUCGUAUCUGGCUUGAUGAACGAGUUCGUUUCGAUUCAGGCAAAUCACAAAUAGCAAAUUACAAUAUGCCAUUUAUCUAUCGUCCCUUUCCGAACCAUACUCUAUCAGCUCAACAACUUUAUAACGCUCUUCAAUUAGUUCUUGCAAAACAUCAAUCACUUCAUACGUCAUUAAUCUUUGAUACAAAAAGGAAUCUACUCAUGCAAAGAAUUAUUGAAUUAAAUGAUAACAACAUCAGACUAUUUACAUUGAUUGAAAGUACUUAUGAAACAGAUGAACAACUCAAUGCUAUCAUCGAAAAUGAGAAA